AUGCCUUAUCGACCAUACCUGAAUUCACAAUUUUCGGAUGCAUAUGACGUAUACCUCAAAAUUUUACAUCAUGUUGAUCGCUGCUUGAACGAAGCACUCAAGCGCAACACCCCCAAUUGGCGGUUGCUAAAUGCUUGCCCAUGUUGUUCUUAUAAACUCGAAGACGAACCACCACAAGCGAUUGACUGGCUUUUCUGCAUCAAUGGCAAUAAUAGCCUCAAAAGAUGGGCAUCUUCGACCUACGGCCUUACCCCACGAGUAGAUUCUCGACAACCCCGCUCUGAUUACUGGGUUGAUCAAGCAGCUGUUGAUAAAUUCAAGGAUGCAGUGAGAUCGGGGCUGACCCAGCCAAGUCAGGAUAUACAGGAUAAUGGAGAAGAUGGAGUUGCGCAGCAAGUACCAGAGUCAAACUUCAAUUGUACUGAGCGGUGGCAGAAUGCUGGGCCUGAACAGCGGAAAAAGAUGUUUGCUGUUUUUGAUGAGUCUGGCAUCUUCAUCGCUGCAUGUCGGCAUUGA